AAGAACUGCGAGGAAUUAUAGAGCUGUACAUGCGAUUUAAAUUCUUAUACUUGGAGUGCGAUUGAUUUUUUUCUCCUGUCUUCACAUUUUCCACAUCACAAAUGGUUCUAUUUUUAGUGGAGAAGGAAUGGAAAUCAGAUCGGGUAGAACAAUGAGACGGCAAGUACUGUGGUUUAUCUCGGUCCUAUAUCUCAAAUACGUCCUCGGGCAGGUCAGCUACUCCAUUCCCGAAGAAAUGGCCAAAGGCUCUUUAGUUGGUAACAUAGCGCAUGAUUUAGGUUUAGAUCUUAAAAGGCUGAAAUCAGGCAAAGCUCGUGUCUACACGGGCGGCAGUGUAGAAUACAUCGGGCUGAAUAAAGAAAGGGGGGUCCUCCUUGUCAAAGAGCGCAUAGACAGAGAGGCUUUAUGCGGAGAGACGACGCCUUGCGCUUUAAAUUUCCAGUUAAUUCUGGAAAAUCCAAUGGAACUGUUUCGUGUAACAGUAGAGGUUACCGACAUAAAUGACAAUACCCCUACUUUUACAAAUGCAGAGAAACGUUUUGAAAUUAGCGAGUCCGCUGUGAUAGGAUCGAAAUUCGUUUUGGAGAGAGCAGUGGAUUCCGACAUUGGGAUGAAUGGUUUACAACAGUACUCACUUGCUCCAACUGAUCAUUUCGUAUUAAAACUAGAAAGUCAGGCAGACGGAAGUAAAAAGGUGGAAAUGUUUCUACAGAAGCCUUUAGAUCGAGAAAAGAAGGAUUAUAUGUCACUAUUGCUAACUGCUGUGGAUGGAGGGGAGCCGCAGAUGUCAGGUACAAUGCAGAUAUUUGUCAGUGUAUUAGAUGUAAAUGAUAAUGCACCGACAUUCGCCAAACCGAUGUAUAGAGCAAAACUGAGGGAAAAUUCUCCUAAGAAUACUCUUGUUUCAACUGUAAGUGCAUCUGAUAAAGACACUGGCUCAAACGGAGAAGUAUCAUAUAUGAUAUCUACAAGCAAACUUAUUUUAUCUGAACUGUUUAAUAUCAAUCCAAAGACUGGUGAAAUUAUCCUUGUCGGUGAAAUAGAUUAUGAAAAAGCAAACACUUAUCAGAUUGAUAUUGAAGUUGUAGACAGCGGUGGGCUGUCUGAUUCAGCGAAGGUGAUAGUUGAUGUACUUGAUGUAAAUGACAAUAAUCCCCAAAUAAAUAUGGUUUCUAAAUCAGAGUCCAUGUCAGAGGACUCACCAAUAAACACUGUUAUUGCUAUGUUAAGCAUAAAUGAUCCAGAUUCAGGGAAUAACGGAAAGGUUGUGUGUAACAUAAACGAUAAUGUUCCAUUUAAAAUACAGACUACUAUAAAUGGGUUUUAUACCGUAGUUACGGAGGCUGCUUUAGACAGAGAAAUUGCAUCGCAAUAUAGUAUCACUGUGACCUGCUCUGAUGAGGGAGUGCCCUCCCUCUCCAGCAGCGUCACUCUCACCUUACAAGUAUCAGAUGUUAAUGACAACGAACCUGCCUUUGAGAGGACCUCAUAUGAGGCCUACAUUGUAGAAAACAACACACCAGGUCUCUCUAUAUUCACAGUGAAAGCGACAGACGCCGACUGGAACCAGAAUGCCCGCGUUUCAUAUAUACUUGAGGACUCCUCCGUUAACGGAGUGCCAGUCUCCUCAUAUGUGUCUGUUAGUGCUGAUAGUGGAGUCAUCCAUGCAGUGCGCUCUUUUGAUUAUGAACAGAUCAAAGAUUUUCACUUCCGCGUCAAAGCGCAGGAUGGAGGUUCUCCUCCACUUAGCAGCAAUGUGACUGUAAAAAUAAAGAUUCAGGACCAGAACGACAACCCCCCUCAGGUUCUGUAUCCAGUCCAGACUAGUGGCUCUCUGGUGGCUGAAAUGGUGCCUCGUUCAGCAGAUGUGGGCUAUCUGGUGACUAAAGUGGUGGCUGUUGAUGUGGAUUCUGGACAGAACGCCUGGCUCUCCUAUAAGCUGCAGAAAGCCACAGACAGGGCGCUGUUUGAAGUGGGCUUACAGAAUGGAGAAAUCAGAACUAUCCGCCAAGUCAAUGAUAAAGAUGCUGCCAAACAAAGACUGACUGUUAUAGUGGAGGACAACGGGCAGCCCUCUCGUUCAGCUACAGUCACAGUUAACGUGGCGGUGGCGGACAGCUUCCCUGAAGUGCUGUCGGAGUUCACUGACUAUACACACAACAAAGAGUACAAUGAUAGUAUAACGUUUUACUUAGUCUUGGCUCUGGCAGUAGUUUCCUUCCUUUUCAUCACUUGUUUAGUGGUUAUUAUAUCAGUCAAAAUUUACAGGUGGAGACAGUCUCGCAUCCUGUAUCACUCCAAUCUCCCUGUCAUUCCAUAUUAUCCACCACGUUACUCAGACACUUUGGGGACUGGGACUCUGCCCCAUGUGUACAAUUACGAGGUGUGCAGGACGACUGACUCCAGAAAGAGUGACUGUAAGUUCGGCAGAGCUGCUAGUCAGAACGUGCUGAUAAUGGACCCCAGUUCUACAGGGACGAUGCAGCGGAUACAGAGUGAAAAGAGCAUCCUGGAUGAACCAGACUCUCCUCUAGAGGUCAGUUAUAUGGGAUUCAAGUCAGUUGUGAAAUGUUAA